AUGAGCUCUAUUGAUGAGAAGCCUCUUUCAUGGUUCAUCAGACUGAUUCAUGAUACUUGCAUUCAUUUGAAUAAAUCUAUGUUGCUCCUCUGCUUAUUCCACUCUAAUUCUACAAUGAGCUCUAUUGAUGAGAAGCCUCUUUCAUGGUUCAUCAGACUGAUUCAUGAUACUUGCAUUCAUUUGAAUAAAUCUAUGUUGCUCCUCUGCUUAUUCCACUCUAAUUCUACAAUGAGCUCUAUUGAUGAGAAGCCUCUUUCAUGGUUCAUCAGACUGAUUCAUGAUACUUGCAUUCAUUUGAAUAAAUCUAUGUUGCUCCUCUGCUUAUUCCACUCUAAUUCUACAAUGAGCUCUAUUGAUGAGAAGCCUCUUUCAUGGUUCAUCAGACUGAUUCAUGAUACUUGCAUUCAUUUGAAUAAAUCUAUGUUGCUCCUCUGCUUAUUCCACUCUAAUUCUACAAUGAGCUCUAUUGAUGAGAAGCCUCUUUCAUGGUUCAUCAGACUGAUUCAUGAUACUUGCAUUCAUUUGAAUAAAUCUAUGUUGCUCCUCUGCUUAUUCCACUCUAAUUCUACAAUGAGCUCUAUUGAUGAGAAGCCUCUUUCAUGGUUCAUCAGACUGAUUCAUGAUACUUGCAUUCAUUUGAAUAAAUCUAUGUUGCUCCUCUGCUUAUUCCACUUUAAUUCUACAAUGAGCUCUAUUGAUGAGAAGCCUCUUUCAUGGUUCAUCAGACUGAUUCAUGAUACUUGCAUUCAUUUGAAUAAAUCUAUGUUGCUCCUCUGCUUAUUCCACUCUAAUUCUACAAUGAGCUCUAUUGAUGAGAAGCCUCUUUCAUGGUUCAUCAGACUGAUUCAUGAUACUUGCAUUCAUUUGAAUAAAUCUAUGUUGCUCCUCUGCUUAUUCCACUCUAAUUCUACAAUGAGCUCUAUUGAUGAGAAGCCUUUGAAUUUCAUGGUUCAUCAGACUGAUUCAUGA